AUGAUGCCCUGAUGUCAAGAGGAAGAGUAUCUGAAUCAAACCUUUCGUACAGUUCUUCAUCCUGGUCACAGAACAGAGGGAAAUGUGAGCAAGGUAUUCAAGAUAGGAAGGACACUCGUGAUUCUGUGUCUGGAACCUGCAACAGACUGAAGCCUACUGACUCCAUAUCUUGUAUUGAAGUUAUUGAAGAACACUUCCCUGAGCACGAAGAGAAAUUCCAAGACCAAAACCUCAAACACAGCCAGUGUGAUCUCCAGUCAAGAUCAUCUGAAGUGAAAAAAUCCUCUCUAAACCAUCAGAUUUGCAGUCGCAGGAGCAACACUAUACAAGUGUACUGCUACCACAUGACAUGGGUUCUUUGGCUGUUUUUGUGUCUUGUGUUCAUGAUCAUCACUGGAACUCUGAGCUUAAAAUUCAACUCUACCAAAAAUCUUCUCUGGAUUCAGUCAGUAUUUUUCUCACUUAUUUUCUGUGGAUUUGUGGUGCAUCCAGCAAUGGUAAGUCUUUAGAUUAUAAAGGCCCACACUUCAUACUGUGUGGUUUUUAUUGAAAAUU